CUCAACUAUAUUAAUUAUAUAUUUUUUAAUCAAACGAAAUAAAUCAUGGAAUUAGAAAAAAACGAUCUGUCUUAUGUGAAAUUACAAUCAAUUAAACCUAUAAACACACAUACGGUCCACAAAAUAUGUUCGGGACAAGUGGUACUCAGUUUAGCCGUAGCAGUUAAGGAAUUAAUUGAAAAUGCAUUAGACGCCGGUGCCACGAAUAUAGACGUUAGGCUUAAGAAUUACGGGGUUGAAUUAAUUGAGGUGUCCGAUAAUGGAUUCGGUGUUACAGAGGAUAAUUUUGCUGCUUUAACUCUAAAACAUCACACUUCAAAGCUAAGUGAAUAUUCAGAUUUACUAGGUGUCUCUAGUUUUGGAUUCAGAGGGGAAGCUUUAAGCUCUCUAUGUGCUUUAGCCAACAUGAUUAUUAUUACCAGACAUCAGAGCUCUAAUUACGCUACAAAAAUAGAAUAUGAUCAUAAUGGACAAAUAAUAAAAAAGACGCCAUGUUCUCGCCAAGUCGGUACGACUGUUUCUUUGUCAAAGCUAUUCCAUUCUUUGCCAGUAAGACAAAAGGAAUUCCACAAAAAUGUCAAAAGAGAGUUCAACAAGAUGACACAGUUGUUGUAUGCAUAUUGUCUGAUCUCUACAGGAGUAAAAAUUACAUGCAGUAAUCAAACAAGUUCAAAUUCAAAAUCAGUAAUAGUAGCUACUCAAGGUUCUGCUUCAUAUAAAGACAAUAUAGCCUGUGUAUUUGGGCCUAAACAGUUGCAGAAUAUAUUACAAAUAAAACCUGAAUGCAUUACAAAUAUUAAAAAUAAUAUUUUCAAAGGGCUGUCCCAAGAGGUUAAUGAAACACAAGAAAAUAUUAACAUAAAAGAUGUUGAAAUAGACCUGUCUGAAGAUUCAAACGACGCAGAAAAUAAGAAUGAGAGUACCUCCAGUUCGCAAAAAUCCCAAGGUUACAAAAAUAUUGUCAAUCCUGUGGAGUUUACAGGAUUCAUAUCAUCCUGUGCCCAUGGUUGUGGCCGCUCAAGCACAGAUAGGCAGUUUUACUAUGUUAACUCAAGGCCUUGUGAACCCACGAAAAUAAUUAAACUCAUCAACGAACUAUACAGACAGAACAAUUGUAAUCAAUAUCCAUUUGUUUUUUUAAAUAUCACUAUGGAGAGAACUACAGUAGAUGUAAAUGUGACUCCAGAUAAAAGACAAGUAUUCCUUACCAGAGAAAAACUUGUCUUGGAUGUGCUUAAAACCUCUCUGUUAAAACUGUUUGAAAAUGUCCCAAGAACGUUAAAAAUUAGUAAUAGUGAUCUUUUUGGCACUGAAGCAAAAGAUCUGAAAGCAGAUGUGGAUCACCCAAGAAUAUUUAACUCCUUUUUACAUCAAUUCAGUAAACAGUCUACUUCCAGAGCUAGCGAGAAAGAUGACCACAAAACUGUAGAUUUAAAACGAAAAUCAUCUACUACUAUAUUAGAUUUUAUUUCAUCUAAAGUUAAGAAGGAGAGUGAGCCUUACAGACGAACUGGAGAGGAAGAAGGUGAAGGCCUAAAUAGUAAAAAUAUUCAAGAAUUUUAUAUUGCCACGGGAAAUUCAGAAGAUAAAACAGCUGAUUCCACAGAAUUGGAGGAGAUUGUUAUACUGAACGAAACAAUCAACCUAGGACAACUGAAGGAACAAAUAAGUAAUUCAAAAGUAUGCAAUGAAAACAAAGAAAUGAUGUAUUUAGAGUAUACAGAUAAUUUACCAACUACUCAGAUUCGUCAGAUAGACGAUGUUGUUACAGAGAAGUCACAUACGAUAACUUGCAAAAUUAAACCACAUACUUCAAAAGCUAACAUUUCAUUCCGAUCACCUGAAGAGAAGCCAGCUAAAAAAUCAAAAGUCAUAACUGAUAAAGAAGAUUUGGGAAAACAUAACAGAAAGUCAGUUAUCAUGAAAACAUCAUUAGAGCAUAUUCAAGCUUUAAUUGAUAUGUAUAAUAAACAAAAAACUAAAUCAGUACCUGAAAGGUUUAAAUUUAAAAGUGCAAUCAAUCCAGUAUUCAAUAAAAAAUGCGAAGAGGAACUUAGCAAAGAAAUAUCCAAAGAUUCAUUCAAAAAAAUGAGUGUUGUGGGGCAGUUUAACUUAGGCUUCAUCAUAACGAGAUUAGAGGAUGAUCUGUUUAUAAUUGAUCAACAUGCUACUGAUGAGAUCUAUAAUUUCGAGACUUUACAGAAGAGUACAGAGUUAACAAGCCAAAAAUUAGUUUGUCCCCAAAACUUAGAACUAUCUGGAGUAAAUGAACAAAUAUUGAUGGACAAUUUAGAUGUCUUCAAAAAGAAUGGAUUCACAUUUGAAAUUAAUGAAGCAUCUUCUCCAACUAAGAGGGUGAAGUUAUUAACAAUACCCAUGUCUAAAAAUUGGAUAUUUGGCAAAGAAGACAUUGAAGAGCUUUUAUUUAUGUUACGGGAAUCUCCAACAGAAUGCUGCAGACCAAGCAGGGUGCGAGCGAUGUUUGCUUCACGAGCAUGUCGGAAGUCAGUGAUGAUUGGCACCGCUCUAAGUAAAGUUGAUAUGAAGAAACUCGUCGACCAUAUGGCUGAAAUUGACCAACCUUGGAAUUGUCCUCAUGGAAGACCCACCAUUCGGCAUUUAGUCAAUUUAGCAAUGAUUCAGACCAAAAUCAGUGGUAUUACUUAAUAAUUUAUUGAUCUGUCAUUUAGAUUUUAUAUUUUUCGAUCAUGAAAAUAUCUAAUGGAAAAACU